AGAGAUCUACUGUGCGGCCAAGCCGGGGCUGCUGCUGUCGACGGUGAGCACCCUGGACACGCUCGGCCUCGACAUCCAGCAGUGCGUCGUCAGCUGCUUCAACGACUUCGCCAUGCACGCAUCCUGCUCCGAGAUGCAGAGGGAGAUGAUAAGCGCGGACGCCAUCAAGCAGGAGCUGUUCAAGAACGCCGGCUACGGAGGCGGCUGCUUGUAGAGAGACGAGCAAGAAGCAGCACCAUGACCACCACCACCAUGAGUCCAUGACCAGCAGGAAAAGCAGGAAGGAUAAUAAAGUAGAAGUAGCUGUAACUGUAGCAGGAGCAGUGAGUAGAAUUAGCACUUAGCAGCUGGUAGCAGCAGUGGCGAAAAAGGCUCAUGAUUUCUGAAAUUCCGUUUGUGGCAGGUUGGAUGUAGGUGAAGGAAAAGAGAUUAAUCUUGAGGACCACUGCCCAAGAUGGAAGCUGCUGCAGCAAUGCAUCAGGGAGAGAGGGAGUUCUAUGAGGUAACGAUCGAGAAUAAGAUGAUGAUGUACAGGCUGAGCCGCAAGAUUGUCGACACGUCCGAGGGGCCCAAGGAUGCAAAAUGGAUCUUUGUGUUGAGCACAACGAAAAUUCUGUACAUAGGCUCGAAAAGCAAAGGGACAUUUCAGCACUCCAGCUUCCUUGCCGGUGGAGCCACAUCUGCUGCCGGGAGAUUAGUCGUCGCGAACGGGAUCCUAAAGGCUGUCUGGCCUCAUAGCGGGCACUACCGGCCCACGGAGGCGAACUUCCGGGAGUUCAUGAAGUAUCUCAGGAAGAGGAACGUCGAUCUCACGGAUGUGAAGUUGAGCCCAACAGAAGGCGAGGAGGACGAAUGGCUGAGGAGGAGCCUCUCCCAGAUGGAUCUUUCUGCUGUGGUCCUUCUUCCGCUACUUACAUAUGGUUUUAAGCUUGGUAUAACAGGAGCCGCAAUUUCUACAGUCGCAUCCCAUUUUUCGCCAUGUCCAUGUGCCCUGUUGCUGCCACUUGUGCAUCCAACAGAGUCAGGAAGGCGAGAUAGAGUAUGUUGAAGGUGAUGAUAUCGAGAUGGGUGACAUGGAUGACAUGGAAGAUUUUGAAGGCUUUGGUGAUGAAGAUGAAAUAUUUAUUUGGACAAAAUGGUUAUUUGGCAUAGUAGUGCCAACUGCAAAUCUGAUUCAAGUUCAAAGAUUGGGCGGAAAUCUAGGAAGGUUAUCACCGAGGUGGAAGAAGACGAGGACAGGGGUAGCAGGCAAAGGACGCGAAUGUGAUUCUCCAGGCACGGCUUCAGUAACAUGCUUGGUGUCGAUGAUGUUGUACUUUAGAUAAUUUUGCCUGUCUUUCUCGUGAUGACCGCAACUCUCUUCUAUAUGUGAUGGUAGUUUAGAUGGUCAAUAUAUCGACUUGUAAUGUGAAGACAAA